AUGACAUCGCAAACUUCAUACCUCAGUACCCAACAUUGGAUAAAACAAGAUCCAGCCGACGAGGAGGAUGACGAGAUCUCACCCACCGAAGAAGAAGACGGAGGAGAAGAAGGAGAGCCGAGCUUUACAUCACAACUGAGCUGUAAACCCCACCCCAAUGGCCUCCUCAUCACCGAGCUUGACGAGAACCGGGACCUGUGGCCUGAGACCGGUCGUCCAGGUUCAGAUAUCACAUCUUACAUCAUUUCCGUCAUAUCUUACGACCCCGCAACGAAGAAGCUCUCCCGCGAGACAAAGACAGCAAAUCGGCCUCUGGAAAACUAUGAGGUGCAAGACUUUCUCGAUGCCAUCGGGCCUGCAAAUCAGAUGGAUGACUCUAUCCGAUUUCGGCUGGGUGAGUCAGAAAGGGACAAGGAUGGCUGGCUCGCUACGUGCUUCAAGGAAGAAAAUGCGGACGCAUUGAGGAGUAAGCAAGAGGAGCUUUUUGAGGAAUUGAAGAGUCAGUUUCCGAGUGUUAUGCUGCUUGAUCGUGUGUAA